CUAAACUUGCUUACUACACCACACUUGAAUCUGCUGAAAGCGAAGAAAAUGACAUUUCCAAAUUGAAAAGCAACCAUUUAACGGCUCUUCUAACAAACUCACUCCAAAACCUUCAACCUCUUCUUUUUCUCUCAUUUUUUCUCUGUUACUGUUACCUUUUCUCACCGACAUCGUAACGGUUCACCGUAACCGUUUCCGGCGCCGUCGCCGAUCUUCCCCCAACUCCACCGCCAGAUUCACCGGGAUACAGAAUGAUAGGAUCCUUUCUUACCUGGGCGCUUGUGAGUGUUUUUGGUUAUGCUUAUCCAGCUUAUGAAUGCUAUAAAGUAGUUGAAAAGAAUAAGCCGGAAAUUGAACAACUACGAUUUUGGUGUCAGUAUUGGAUUUUGGUUGCUGUUUUGACAGUAUGUGAGAGAUUUGGGGAUACUUUUAUAUCAUGGGUCCCAAUGUAUAGUGAAGCUAAGUUGGCAUUUUUCAUAUUUCUGUGGUACCCCAAGACAAAGGGGACGACAUAUGUAUAUGAUUCCUUCUUUAGACCAUAUAUUGCAAAACAUGAGCCAGAAAUUGACCGGAGCUUGUUGGAACUAAGGACUAGGGCGGGAGAUUAUGUAGUUUUGUAUUGGCAAAGAGCUGCUGUUUACGGUCAGACUAGAAUAUAUGACGUUUUGAAGUUUAUCACAGCACAAUCAACACCAGCACCUCGCCCUGCUCAGCAAAAACCAGGGGUGAGAGUCCGUAAACCUGCACCUGCCAAAGGCCAGCCAGCCGCUGCUACUGAACCAGAGGUUGAGGAACCCCCAUCUCCUGCCUCUAGCACAUCUUCAAGUCAGUUCCAGAGGGAAGUAACAGAGGAGUUGAGUUCUCCACAAGCUCCUAAAGCUGCCUCCCCCUCUGUUGCAGGUUUAAAUAACCAGAAGUCUUCUGUAGCGGGUUUAGUAAACCAGAAGUCUUCUGUAGCGGGUUUAAUAAACCAGAAGCCUCCUGUAGCGGGUUUAACUACGCAAAAAUCUUCUGUAGCAAGUUUAAAUACUCAAAAGUCUUCUCCAGCAAGUUUAAAUUCUCAGAAGUCUUCUGUAGCAGGUUUAAUUAGCCAGAAAUCUAAUCCUACAUGUUCAACAACCAUAAAAUCUGCAUCAACAGAGGCAGAGCCUAAGAAGAUUGAAGCAGCAGCAACACUUACAUCCUCUUCAGCAAAUGAAAAUGGAAAGUCGCCUAUAAAGGAGACCAUAAUGGAAGAAAGUAUUCGGGUUACUCGGGGAAGACUAAGAAAAACCCGAUCAGCAGCAGGAACCUAGUAGUAGAACAAUAUUGUCAAUUUUUAGCAUGAAAUAGGGGUAGUUGGACCAUGCUGGACACUGAAUUCUGAUGCUUUAUGUGAUAUGAUUUCAUGAGUUUUCAUUCCAUUUUAUUUCUUUUUAUAAAUUUGUCUAAGCAUGGAAUCAUGUGUAGCUCGGUGCCACUUUUUAGGGACUCAUUCUGAUCGGAUGGGUGUUUGUAGCAGCUGUUCUGUAUAGCACAGCUUCGCAACGAAGUGUAACAAACAUUAUUAACACGGAACUUGGUUGGUAUAACAUUUUAAAUUUAAAUUCUA